UUGAGCUUGGAGAUGCUGUUUUGCUGUGCUGAGAGAGAUUCAUUUGUUUGGUGAAUAGAUGAAGCCUGGCUUUACCAAGAGGAUUAAGGGAUUUGAUUUAUUUUUCUUGCCCUGAUCACAUCUAUCAGCCUGUGCCACCCACCGCUGGCCAGCUUUCUGUGUAUCCUCCAGCCUUCACAGCUGGAUUUAGAUUUUGAGUCGGGAGACCUGCCAUGCUGAUCUGCGUGCCUCCACUUUUUUCAAGGCCGUCUCAGCGGAGUAGCUCUCACUACUGCUUUUUAUUGAUGUAUUUAUUGUUUGCCUGUCAGUCCUGCCAUCACUUUACUCAUGAUACACUAAGGAACACCAUGGCGUGUGGUUCAUAGCCAGCAUCAAGCUUCUUAGUGAAGAAACUUGAAUUUUUUUUCGGGAUAAAAACACCCUGCUUUAUUUUUGAGAGAUGUUGUGGUCUCCGAAGCUCUCCCUGUCCAACAUCCACGUGCGUCUGACAGCAAAGGGUUUACUCCGAAGCCUUCAGCUGCUGUCAGGAUGCAGGAAGAACACGGUGGUUUUCAAAGCAGUGGACAAGAACAAACCGAAGGCCGCCUCCCGCCAGCAGCACCCUCAGCAGCCGACGUCCCAACCUAGCCAGCGCAGUGGAUCCCCGGAUGUGGUGCCAGCGACUGUCGCCGAGGGGGGGAGGAAGGACCAGAACGUCCGGCAGCUCGGUGGCCUCCUGACAGAGAGUAACCGAAGAUUUGAUGCCAUCGCCAUCGUCUUGCAGCGAGCUUUAGCUGAGCGCGAUGAAGCCACACGGCAGUGCAGGGAUCUCUCCCAGGAGCUGGUCACCCUUCAAGGAGAGCUGGUCUGCUCCGUGCACUCGUCUGAGCGUCUAGAGAAGGAGCGGGAUGAGUUGCGAGCGUCUCUGGAGGAAGCGCUGCAGAAGCUGCAGGCUCAGCACCAGCAGGACCUGUCCGAGCUGGAACAGAGGCUGCAGGCCUUCUACCAGGUCGAGUGGGACCGGGUGCAGCUCACCUACCAGGAGGAGAGCGAGCGGUGCAGGACCCUGCUGCAGCAGCAGAUGGAAGAGCUGAAAGCCAGCCAUGAGUCCAUGAAGCAGGGGCUGGAGAGCAGCCAUGCAGAGCAGCUGCAGUCUGUGAAGCAGCAGUAUGAGUCGUCACUGCAAGAGCUCAGAAAAGUCCACGACGAGGAGCUGCAGUCUUUGGACGCUUCUCUGAAGGAUACAGGAGACACUCUAUCUGGACAGAUUGAAGCGCUGACUGCGGAGAACAAUGCUCUAAUUGAGAAGCUGACAGCCAUGGAGAACAGGAGGAAACAGCUGGCUGAGAAGAGUCAGAAGGACUCACACACCCUGUAUCUGGAGCAGGAGCUGGAGAGCCUCAAAGUGGUGCUGGAUAUCAAAAACAAGCAGCUGCACCAGCAGGAGAAGAAGCUGAUGGCGAUCGACAAACUGACGGAGAAAAAUGUGAAGCUGGAUGAGAGCCUGCAGAAGGUCCAGCAGGAGAAUGAGGACCUGAAAGCUCGCAUGGAGAGACACUACGCUCUGUCCAGACAGCUGUCCACGGAGCAGGCCGUGCUGCAGGAGUCCCUCCACAAGGAGUCCAAGGUGAACAAGCGCCUGUCCAUGGAGAACGAGGAGCUGAUGUGGAAGCUGCACAACGGAGACUUGAGCAGCCCCCGCAAGGUGUCCCCCACCUCCACCUCCCCCUCCCGCUCCCGCUCCUUCAGCCUCCAGUCCCCGCGGAGCACCGGCGUCUUCUCCAGCCCCCCCGUCUCCCCCAGAUAACGAUGGGCCUCCGCUUCCUGGAAGCUCGGCCCCUCUCUUUUUGAGUUAUCCCUCUGGAAUAAAGAGCCAUGUUUGUUUUCAUUAGCAACGCCUGACUUCUGGAUCGGAUGAACUCUGACCCUUUCUGUACAGAGACGCUUUAAAGACAGAGUCGCACAGAAGCACUUAAAAAGCAAGGCCCCCUUGUUUUAUGCCUUUCACUUCUGAUGGAUGGGGGAGAAGGAAAUCUCAGGACUAUGUAAUGAUACACUAUUUUUAUUACUUGUUGGCGAGGCUUGUCUGUCCUGACACACACACACACACACACACACACACACACACUACAUACAGUAAAAGAUGCACACAUGUCGACACAAAUGGAAAUUCAGAAUAGCCAAGAAUACAGAUAACCCUGUCCCUCCUCAGAGGGUCUUUUAUAUGAAAUAUGCAUUGAAUAUAAAACUGCUCCUUCUGGAUCCCUGCUCCAUUUCCUCUCAGCUAGCUGCCGAAGAGUGACAGUCAGUGUCAUAAUACUAACUCCAGGGCUGUACGAGUCUCCAUUGAUGUUCAGAAUUUAUUUUGUUUUGGUUAAAGUUGGGAUUUUUUACACCGAGGUUGUUUUGUUUUCCACAUUUCCUUGUUUUGUUGUUGUUUUGACCAAAGGACCAAUCCAAGUGUGUGUGCAUGUGUUUGAGUCUUGGUAAUCACCCCUCACUGAACCCUCCUACUGCAGCUUUAACGUUGGGGUCCGGCAACGAGUUGACCAGAAAAGGCUUUGCUUUGUACGGGUCAGAGACCCUGCAAUGUCUCAGAAAAGAGUAUUUAGCGUGGAUUUGUUAUUAUUGGUUUGUUGACCCUGUUUGGAAUAUGCAAUUAAUAAAGUCUUGUAUUAAA